UCUCUAAAAAAAACAUUGUUGAUUUAGCAUUUUGUUUUUGGUAUUUUAUUUUGACUUUUGAUACAUUUCGUAGGUAAUUCUUGUUUUUGAAAAAUCAUAGUUAUUUAAAAAUGACCGAAAAUACAGAAAAGCCUGAAAGCUCUUGUGACGCUCGACGAAGGAUCUUAAAUAUAGCAGUUUCAACAGUACUCCUAGAGACUGGCUUCGAAUCUUCAGAUAGGAUUGCUUUAGAAACUUUAACAGAAGUUAUCCAGUGCUUUUUUACAGAAGUCGGAAAUUCAGCAAAAAGUUAUUGUGAGCUCACUGGAAGGACAGAACCUGUGCUUGGUGAUGUUAUGAUGGCUCUCAUUAACAUGGGUAUAAGUGUACAAGGUAUUGAGCAAUAUGCAGCCAGACCAAAAAGGCAUGUGAUACAACCUCCCCAGCAGGCAUCAGUGCCGCGCACACCGGCUAUGCUAUCAGCAGGGUCUAAAGCAAAGCCUCCUCCGCAUAUACCAUUCCAUUUACCACCUCUACCAGACCCACAUGCUUAUAUUCGUACACCUACCCAUAAACAACCAGUGACAGAAUAUGAAGCUAUAAGAGAGAAAGCUGCCAGCCAAAAGAAAGACAUAGAGAGGGCAUUAACAAAGUUCCUUGCAAAGACAAGUGAAACACACAACCUUUUUAACACAGAUGAUAAUCAAGUCUAUCCAUUGAUAGCAUGCAAGCCUACUUUUCCGCCAUACUUGUCCUGUUUACUACCUACAGACCAAGUAUUCGAUUUUGACGAGCUUGAGUAUCACUUUCAAGUGGCUAAUAGAACUGAAGAUCUACCAGCUGAUAAGAAAGAUCAGUCAGAUAACGAAGGUGACAAUGGAGGAGACAAUGAAAAUAGCUCACAACCUGAAAUUAUAGACAUUCCAAUGUCAAGUCCUGAAAGACUGAAAAGUGGAGGAUAACAAAACAUAAUACUUUUUUGUUGGCAAUAUUUGAUUUCUUAAUAAAUAUAUAUAUUUCUAUUUUUGAA